AUGGCGGGCGCUGCCGAGAGGAAGAAGCAGGUUCGCUUCGCUCGUCUGGAGGAGGAGGAUGAAGGCGGAGGAGCAGGAGGUGGCAGCCGCCGCGAGGCAGAGAGUGAGUCGAUGGCAGCGGCAGGAGGGGCGCCUUCGGAGGAGCCACUGGGGGGCUCUGCUGCGCGGCUCGCCCUUCAGCCGCUGGUCGUGGUGGCCGAGGGCGGCCGAAGAAGCCGGGCUGGAGGCGGCGGCGGCGGCGACAGCGCCGCAAAGCGGGAAGCGGCUGUGGCGGCGGCUCCGCGGCGGGCGCUGAAAUGGUGCACUUCGGCGGCUCUAUGCGCCGCUUUCCUGGGCCUGGUAAGCGCGCGCACGUUUGUGUCACUCAGCGUUUCGGGGGGUGGGCGUGUGUCACUCAAAGUUUCCAGAGUUUCUUCUCUCCCCCCCCCUGCCCGGUUGUCCGUUCGAGGCGCCCUCGCAAUUCCCUCGCAAUGCUGCCGAAGGCCCUCCGACCACGGAGGAGCCGAAGGAACUUCAGGACGGGACUCGGCACGUUCCGGUCCUUGACACGGGGAGAAAUGUGGCGUCACCGCCAGUACAUGCGUAAAAACAAGUACACGUGUGUGUGAGAGCGAGCGAGCGAGCUGAAGGAUGGAGGGAUUUGCGGGGCGCCUAUCUUCCCUCGGACUUCUCCAAGAAACAAACAGAUACCUUUUCUUUAAUUGAAUUAUUAUUAUUAUUAUUAAUUGAAUUCGUGCACUGUUCUCCUCAAGUACUUGAAAUACAGAGCGUUAGCGUGGCCUUCCCAGGGAUGUGGAUUAGAGUUCUCACUCACUGCAGCCAAGCAAAGAUUUGCAGGUGGUUGUGGCCCAAAACACCUGGAAGGCUCUAGGAUGCUGAAGGAUAUUAUGGUGAAUUAUCCACUCCUGUGUAGUGCAGCUGCGGUCCCAAAAUAGAAGCCCUCAGUUUGUUAGGUUUAGAUCCUGCCUUUUGCCAGGAUAGCCUUAAGAUAGCCUGCAAUAUAUAUUUUUAACCAUAUAAAUUAAAUAGCUCAGACCAGCAGCAGCACCAGCAGAAAAAUCCAUGUAAAAAGGAGAAGUAUAUUUGUAGGGUCAAAGGAUGAAGAUAUUGUUGCCUAUUGCAUGAAACCACCUAGUGGUUUCUGAGGAUUUUGAGUCAGGUGUCGCCAAUGCAUAUGCUGAAGUUGCUCUGCUGUUUUUGUGGUUAAGGUGGGAGAGUGGAAGUGCUAAAUUGUUGUUUGGGCUUGGUAAUGGAUUAAUAAAUUUAAGAUCAAUCUCAGUAAAAUGGAGGUGCUAUUGGUAGGUGAUUCUUCUGUCUCAGACAUGGUGUUCAACCUAUUGAAGGUGGGGUUAUAUGUCUAGCAUGUAGUUUCUCUCUUAAACUACUCUUGCACUGAAAUAAUCACAAUGUACUUGCUGCUUUUGACGAUUAUCUGGAAACCACAGUUAGUUCACAAUAUAGCUGUUUGGGAUGGUUUCAUGAGCAUUUAAUUGAUCUUAAAACUGCUUUUGAUCUUAUUCCUAAAAAAAAUUUAAUGGGAGAAUAAGUAUUUGUAUUCUGUGGAUAAGAUACUUCUUUAAAAAUUUGAAUUGCGAGUAAUAAUCUCCCAUUAUCCCACUAAUAUCAGUUGCUCUUACUUCUGGAUAAGUGUACUUAGGAUUGCAAGGAGUGGUUGUCACCUACUGACUUAUUUUUUAUGUCAAGUUUAUUAAUAACAGAAAGUAUGUUUGAUUUGCCCUUCACAUUGAUAUUUAUUUAUUUCCAGGGUAUGGCCAUUGCUAUCCUAGGGCCCACAUUUGAAGACCUGGCUGCAAAUGUGAACAAAAAUGUCAGUCAAAUUUCUUAUAUUUUUGUGGGCCGUUCAUCGGGGUACUUUGGUGGUUCUCUGAUUGGUGGUAUACUUUUUGAUUGCAUGAAUGCCCAACUUCUCUUGGGUAAGUACACAGGGAAUAAUACUGAUUUUUAUAUCAUUGCCCUGAUUCACAAAAGUUGGAUGGGCAAUUGCAUAGUCAAAAAUGUAAGGGCACAAAUACGUAUGUCACAAGCUGUUCAUGCAGUCCAACCUGAGGGGAAAUGGAGUGGAUUAAGUUUCUCUUGCUCCCACAGCCCAUUCCCCAGGCUGUUUGAUACUUUCUUUGCACUGUUGAAGCAAGUCAUUCAGUUUUUUUAAAAUGGCUUGACUCUUCAGCAGUGAGAAUUCAACGGAAUUCAGCUUUAUGGGUAGCUUCCUUGCAUGUUAAUAACUUUUUUUUAGAUUGCUGCUUCAAUAUGCAAUCAACCCUUUGGAGUCUUAAGACUUUAGUACUAUUCCCACUUACCUGGGAGAAACACACACUGAGUAGACAAGUAUAUGUCUAAGGAGACAUGUUUAAGAUUAUACCUCAUGCAUGCUUUUGAUGUCUGAAUAUAAAACUAGCAUACAGGGUAUUUUGUGUGACUAAUGUCUUAUGUUUAUUACUUAAAUCUAAUUUAAAUAUUUUCCUGGAAUUAAAAAAUUCCAGAAUAAACUUAGAUAUGAAAUUCUUAUAAAUUGUAGCUUUUAAAAAGUGCAAUAUGAAAUGGUGUGUUUAAUUAUUUCUCCCUUGUAGGAUUUUCUAUGCUGGGUACAGCUCUGGGUCUUUAUGUCAUCCCCUGGUGCAAUAAAGCACUUCUGUUAACAUUCAUGAUGUCUGUCAUUGGGUUUGCAAUGGGAGUCCUUGAUACAGGUAAUAAAACCACAACAUUUGUUUCAUGAUAUUCAUCCUGUUUGGAAUGAUUCAGUUAGGAUUAUGUUGAAUCUCUUAAUUUAAAAUGGCUUACAAGUUUUAAAUCAAAAAUAUCAAUAUAAAGAAAUAUAGUACAGUAUAUAAAAAUCUACAGUAAAAAGGUAAACAGCAGUUAACAGAGCACUCAGCAAAGCUUAAAAAGACCAGGAAACCAACUAAUGCUGAUGCUAAGCCGGCUUCUUUGUGAAGAGCAUUUUAUAACUGGAGCACCACACCUGAAAACCCUCCGUCUCGAAGUUGCUGCCUUCUGGUGGUGGCAAUCAGAGAAGGCCAUUGGCAGAAGAUCUUAGAGCAAUGGGAGGUUGAUAUGGCAGAAGGUGCCUUUGAUAAUCUUCAGGGUUGAUUGACUGUGUGUGAUUCUGGAUAGAAGAGGUGUAGGGAUCAAAAGAGCAAAAGUGUUUUUUGGGAGAGCAGCACAAUCAAGUCAACUGUUGAGACGGUCUUGAACUGAAGCAGAAAUAACACGAAAGUGAAGAGAGAUGCUCACUUUGAAGAAAACUACUGCUUUAGUGGUCAUGGAAGGGGUAAGAGAUACCACGCGGGGGAAGAUGGAGUAUGCACAGUGUUGAAGAAGCUAUGGUGAUGAUCAAACAGAUGAGGCAGCAAAGAGCUUAGAGACAGAACAGUUUCUAUUGAAGAUCAAGAGAGUAUCCAAGGCAGUGAAUGGUGCAGUUAAUUCAAAGGUGAAGGUCAAAGGAACACAGCAGAGGCGGUGUUAGAAACUCAGAUAGAUAAGCUAGGAGCCAAAAGGCUUCUUAAACCAAGAUUGCAGUCACCAAAACAGAAUGUCUAGUUGCCAUUUUUGGGCAAGACUACUCUAAGGUCUUAUUUUCAAAUGAUGGACCGACUGAUUGAUUCUCAGUUAAACAUCUGGGUAGUUCAGUUGACAGCCUUGAGCUAGGUUAAUAAUACUUUGAGAACUUAAAGAAGAAAAGCCACUUGAUCCAGGGACAGUUCACAUAUAUAUUGGCCUAUUCUGACUUCUUUUUCUUAAUACAGACCAUUCAUAACGUAGGAAUAUUCUUCACAACUGUGAGCAGGGCAGUGGGGUAGGGUAAGUGAAGACAAGCUACAACAAUUAACUAUAACAUCCUUCACUGCUCCUGCUCAGGCUGCACAGAAAAAGCAUUUCGGUUGUCAUGUGUAUUAAAGGAGAUGGAUGGGAAUAUUGUCAAAUAGGAAGAAGGUGAGCCAAGGAUUUUGAUCUGAAAUGAUUAUUGAGAAGGAUCAAGGAGUGAUAAAGGGAAGCGGAAUGGAGUGGUAAUGGAGAACCGUAUCAUACAGAAGUAUGGAUUUUGGAGGUUGAAAAACAGUGAGAUGGGUGUGGUUGUGGUCAGGCACUGCGAUUAGCAGGGAGAAGGCCAAUGCUAAUGCAGCCACAGGAAAGAGGUGAGCACUUGAAGGAGAGACCACUGAAGGAGAGGGCAGCAGCAGUGUCAAUGCAGGUGGUAGUGUGUCAGAUUUUGGUGAGCGCAAGUUGUUGGAGGGUUUAAGAGAAGAAAGGAUUGUGAAAGAUAAAUGAUUUCUGAGUGAGGGAGCAGCAGUUCCAGAGGAAGGAUGAAAAUAGGAGUGGGGAGCAGUGAAUGGGAGAAGGCAAGUGAAUGCCACAAUGCUGGAGGAAGCCACUAGAGCUCCGGAGCCAAGAAAAGGCGCUGAAGGAGAAAUGGAAAAUGACAUUGGUAGAGCAGUGAGGGUCAUAAAAUGCAUCUCUGGCAGGUAAUCUUGUUGUCUUCAAUGAUGGGUUGUUUCUAUGGUGUAAUGCUGGUAAGAGGGUCAAGCAGGUGUGAUAUCUUGCCUAGUAAUGUAUCUGCAUCUUUCGGUUGCAAACAUAGUGCUUUCCUUUGAAAAAGAAGUUUAGUCCUCAGUAGCACUUGGAGCCAAGGAAGAAAGAAGACUGUCAAGACAACAGGGUUGUUGUUUUUUAUGUUGGCAGGCCUGUGUACUUGUUAAACAAUUUCUUAAGGCAGUCAUUUUAAUGAUUGAUUUUAAUUUUUUUAUAUUGCUGUACACCGCCCGCCCUGGUAUUUUACAAGAGUAUGGGAUAUAAAUCCUUAUCAGUAAGCAAACCUUUGACCUUUGAAGUGUCACUGUCAAGCUAGAGGAAACUUUCUGUGUUUCUGUGAAUAGAGGCCGUUGAACACCUCCUGCUAUUUAUUCAUAAUAUUAUCAAAACUGUGUUUUCAGCAGGAACCGUUCGAGAACAAUUAGAAUUUUAUGGGAAUGUUCACUUAGUUAUUGAAAUAAUUGUGAAGCUUUAUAGUUGACAUUGAAUAUGCUCUGUUAAAUUGACCUCAUUCUGCAUACUGGUGAGCAGAUGGAUUCCAUUUAAUUAAGACACUAAACAUAUUAUUGCAAAUAGUGCUUGUCACUUGAGAGAACCUGGGUUCUGCCUGUUGAGAAUUUUGAAGGAACUCCUUUCUGUCUUACCUCUUAUGCUCUCCUCCUCUGUGCUUAAUCAAUUAAUGAUGAUUAAUCAAUCAUUCACCAACUGGCAUGACCUGCAUACAGCUGCCAGUUGUCGUCCCCCUGAACCUCCCCCUCACCUGUGAUCACUGAGUGAAAGUAUGAUGUAGGGCUUUGCAUGUGUGAUUGGGGAAGCAGGGUUUCCCUAGUUGCCCUAAUCAUUUGUUCAGGCCCUGUGUGUUUACAGUUGAAUGUGCACAGGGCCCAUCAGCAGGGUGGGAUUCAGCAGGUACAAGCUUUUCACACACUGAAUAUGGAUUGGGAGUGUGAGAAGAGGGCUUUCAGGAAGACUUGGGAUGGAGGAGCUGCUAGUCUAUCUGCUUUUCAUCAUUUCUUCCCCCCUCAACUCGUGAGUAGGGGGGCUCCUUGUGGCUCUUCAGGUGCUGCUGGGUGCUAGUUCUCAUCUUCUCUGAAUAUUGGCCCUCAUGACUGUGGCUGAUGGGGAUUUAAGUCAAGCAGCAACUGGAGGUUCCCACCCUGGGAAAGUACACUGGGAAUUGAAAACAGGCUAACUAGCCACAGCUCCCCCUUUUCUUUCGUUUGGCUGUAAUCCCUUCUAGUUACCUGUGCCUGUUGAUGAGGGAGCCUUCAGAAUUCUCAGCAGGUGGAGUGAGGUUGCUCUUGAGUGAUGAUGUGUAGUUCCAAGAAACCAGUCUGAAUAUGGAAACUAUACCCUAUAUAUUUUCUUUACCCCACAGGUGGCAAUGUUCUUGCCUUGGACACAUGGGGAGAAGAAGCUGGUCCGCAUAUGCAGGCCUUACACUUCAGUUUUGCUCUGGGUGCUUUUGUGGCUCCCAUCCUGGCCAAGAUGGCACUUGGUGGCUCCGCUGUUGGUUCUCCAGUUCUGUUGGGUGGUAAUGUUGACAAUCAGUCUGCCGUGAAUUCUCUUCCUGCUGCUACACCAGUCCUGAAACUGCAUUUAAGCUUGAACUUUAUGUGGUCUUAUGUUGUUAUAGGCAGUUAUCUUUUGUUUGUUGCAUUGUUUUUCCUUGUUUUGUGUUUGAAAAGCACUCCCGUCCGCGACAGGACAAAGGUUUCCACACAGAAAUACCAGGUUGCUAAAUACCACCGUGCCGUCAUAUGUCUCCUCUCUGUGUUCUUUUUCUGGUAUGUAGGGGCAGAGGUCACUUAUGGUUCUUACAUUUUUACUUAUGCAAAAACUUUCGCUGCCAUGAAGGAACAUGAAGCAGCUGGGUUGAAUUCCCUCUUUUGGGGAUCAUUUGCAGCUUGCAGGGGACUGGCAAUCUGUUUUGCUGCUUGCUCUUACCCUGGAACUAUGAUCCUUCUGAGUAUCAUAGGCUCCACUCUGUCAUGCCUAUUCCUGGCACUGUUCAGUACAUACCCAGUCUCUCUGUGGCUUGGCUCUGCAGUAUAUGGAGCAUCCAUGGCAACUAUCUUCCCUAGCGGCAUUUCCUGGAUUGAGCAGUAUACAACCAUCCAUGGGAAAUCUGCAUCAUUAUUUGUAAUGGGUGCAGCUCUGGGGGAAAUGUGUAUUCCUGCAGUGGUUGGCUACCUUCAAGGACAUUUUCCUGCUAUCCCUGUGCUCAUGUAUUCUGCGUUGGGAGCAGCAGCCAUGACAUCAGUGCUGUUCCCCGUGAUGUAUAAAUUAGCUACAUCACCCUUCGAUGCUAAACUGAAGGACGCUGGAGAUGGUGAGCUCCAGGAAGCCUUAUUGUCCCAUUCUCAUCUUGAGGAUGAGGACGACGACGACGGCAGAGAAUGGAAUGAAGUAGACUUUGAAGUAAUUGAGAUGAAUGACACUAUGAGGAACUCUGUCAUAGAAACAUCCAAGACGAUCGAAGGGGAAUCGACACUUGCCACUUCUGGUCACCCUUCUUCAAGAAACAUUUUUAAUUCUUCUCCUCGGCUUACUGUCGGCUCCCCAAAACAUAAGAAUUCUAGUAAGAAUGACUAA